CUGCUUCUUUCGAAUCGAAUCUCGGUCGGCCGGAUCUCAUCCUUGUUGCAAAAAUGAUGGCAAGACCGAGGAGUCAUCGUCCUUCAGCUCGGAAAUCCUCCCGUUCAACGCUCAUCUUCGCCGUAUUGAUCAUGUCCACUUUCAUGAUUUUGAUCCUUCUCGCCUUUGGAAUUCUCUCGGUGCCCAGCAACAAUGCCGGCUCCUCCAAAGCCAAUGAUCUCACUUCUAUUGUCCGUAAAACACUUCAGAGAGGUGGCGAGGAUGAUUCAAAGAACGAGCGUUGGGUUGAAAUUAUCUCUUGGGAACCCAGAGCUUCUAUUUACCACAAUUUCUUGACAAAGCAGGAAUGCAAGUAUCUAAUAGAGCUAGCUAAACCGCAUAUGGAGAAAUCAACUGUUGUCGACGAAAAGACUGGAAAGAGCACAGAUAGCAGAGUGCGAACCAGCUCAGGGACAUUUCUUGCAAGAGGGCGUGACAAAACUAUCCGUGAAAUUGAGAAAAGGAUAUCAGAUUUUACAUUCAUACCAGUUGAGCAUGGGGAAGGUCUUCAAGUUCUGCACUAUGAGAUUGGGCAGAAGUACGAGCCUCACUACGACUACUUCAUGGAUGAAUAUAACACUAGGAAUGGGGGACAGCGGAUAGCCACAGUUCUCAUGUACCUAUCAGAUGUUGAGGAGGGGGGUGAAACAGUGUUUCCUGCAGCCAAGGGAAACUAUAGCGCAGUGCCAUGGUGGAAUGAGUUGUCAGAGUGCGGGAAAGGAGGGUUGUCAGUGAAACCAAAGAUGGGAGAUGCAUUGCUUUUCUGGAGCAUGACGCCUGAUGCGACGCUAGACCCAUCUAGUCUUCAUGGGGGGUGUGCUGUUAUAAAAGGGAACAAGUGGUCGUCCACAAAGUGGCUGCGUGUACACGAGUACAAGGUUCCUUCCUUUUCUUCUUCUUGGUUUAUUUCAGACAAAAAGAAAACAAUUCAUUCCCUCCUCGUUGAUCUCUUCUUCUGCAGAAAGAAAGAAAGAAAGAAAGAAAGAGAGAGAGAUAUGGAUGGUUAUUAUUCUCUGUCGCCCAUCUCCCUCCUCCAUCGGAUUAAAGAUUCCUUCCAUUUCGCCGUCUCUGCCCUUCUCGCCAACCUCUUCUCCGCUCUCUUCACCUUCUUCUUCGCUUUAGUUGGGACUUUGCUUGGAGCAUUGACCGGGGCUUUGAUCGGCCAAGAAACAGAGAGCGGUUUCAUCAGGGGUGCCGCCGUUGGUGCUAUCUCUGGCGCUGUCUUCUCCAUCGAAGUCUUUGAAUCUUCCCUCCUCCUCUGGCAAUCCGAUGAGUCUGGAAUUGGAUGCCUUCUCUACCUGAUUGAUGUCAUUGCUAGCCUUUUGAGCGGGAGGCUUGUUCGUGAGCGUAUCGGUCCUGCAAUGCUAAGUGCCGUCCAGAGUCAGAUGGGAGCUGUGGAGUCCCAGUUCCAAGAGCAUACAGACAUCUUUGACACUGCCAUUUCAAAGGGUCUCACUGGGGACUCUCUCGACAGGAUCCCAAAGGUCCGAAUCACAGACACCUCUCCGGAGAUUGUCUCUUGCUCUGUCUGCCUUCAGGACUUUCAGGUGGGAGAGACAGUUAGAAGUUUGCCGCAGUGCCAUCAUAUGUUCCACCUACCAUGCAUCGACAAAUGGCUUCGCAGGCAUGCUUCUUGUCCCUUGUGCAGAAGACAUCUUUGAAUUGAAUUUGAACACCUCUUUUCUUCUUUCUUCUCUUCUUUGUACAUGAGGUAUAGGCAUACACACACAUACACACACUACUAGUCUUCCUUGAUUUUUUAGAUUACACGUUACACAGAUUUUGAUGCACCAAUCAUUGUAACUUCUUCACUCAUCUCUUGGAGAUCCUGUUUAUUUAUGCUACU